AUGCAAUACGAUUUUGGGCCUAUUAGUGAGCUGAAAACAAACGGCUCCUGGAAGCUCAAUUCAUCAUCACUUCGAGGGCUACCCGAACUCAACAUCAAUUUUAAAGACUCUCAAAGAUUGUUAGGGGAUUUUCCAGGCGAUAUUCCGACAGUAACUGUGAAGACCUCCAACUCAUCGUCGUCGUUUAUGGUAUACUUUAAAAGUCUGUUCAGGCUCAACCAGUUGAAAAAGAACAGCAACGAAAUGGACUCAAAUUGGAAUGAAGCUUUACAAUUUUAUGAGACACUACAUGAAGAAGUCUCGCAACGCAAACAACAUGGAUAUAAGACUUCUCUGACAGACUACUGGGGCAAAGCUAUUGGUGAUAUCAUCUUCUCGAGCAAUGGUCCCCACGACAUGACCAUGUCCGGUGCCAGAAGCCUAUCAAGCUUUAAAAAUCAUAUGCUACCUUUUCCAAUCAUUUUGACCAAUUCUAAAAACGUCCACAAAUCGAAUGAAGGGCACAGAAGAAUAUUUGAGUUCAACCCGUAUGAGUUUGGAUCAUGGGAGGAUUACCUUAAAUCUUUCGUAAGAUUGGACUACUUGGGAACAAAGAUGUUGAACGGCAAGCCAUUCACAGGUUUAUGCACAAUCGGCUAUGAUGAGAUGACCUUCAUAGCCGGAACUUCUUCAAGCUUAUUCAAUAGUAUUCUAGGCCACUUUUGGAAAUAUAUGGCUAGAUCAAAGAAACAAACAUAUGAGUCUAUGAAAACCAUUCUGAACGUUUUUGGGCUGACUUCCUGCGAAGAUAUCAAUGCUAACAAGUACGUGGCAGAUUAUGCUCUCAUCUACCCAAACCCAUUUCACGGAUAUGGCAAUACAACUCUCUCCAGCACAGUUCGAAAUUCCACAGAUCUGUAUCUUGUGGAUGGUGGUGAGGAUGAAAACAUUCCUUUCCAGCCUUUCCAUCAGAAAGCAAGAGAUGUUGAUGUAAUCAUUGCAAUUGACUCAAGCUCUGAUCUUGACAACUUCCCUAAUGGAACAAACAUAGGCAUUACGUCAAAUCAGUACCAAAACUCCAAAUCGUUUUUUGUGUAUGACGAAAAACGUUACGCUUUGUUUCCCAAUAUCCCAUCUCCUGAAAUAUUCGUUGAAAACAAGCUUAAUAAACGCCCUGUGUUCUUCGGCUGUCACAUUCAAUCAGCUUACAAAUAUCUGGGCGAAGAAUCAAAAUACUCCAAUAAGACCUCAGAAACCUGGCUACCCCCGCUAAUUGUGUACAUACCUAAUACCGGGUAUACAACAAAUUCCAAUAAGUCAACAUUCAAGUUGAGCUAUGAAGAGAAUGAAAUGGCAACAAUGAUCGAGAAUGGGUACUCAGUGGGGACUUACGGGAACAACUCCUAUGACCCGAGCUAUUUCCAAUGUAUCGGGUGCGCCAUCAUUAAACGUGAGCUGGAUACAACAGGGAGAGAUAUUCCUGAGACAUGCCAAAAGUGUUUUGAAAACUUCUGUUAUAAUUAA